CAGCCGUUCAGGAUGCUCCCAAGGGUCCUGCUUGCCUUCCUCUUCCUGAGCUGGACUCCUUGUCGGGCCCUACCCCUUCCUAAUGGUGAUGAUGAUGAUUUGUCCGAAGAAGACCUCCAGUUUGCAGAGCACUACCUGAAAUCAUACUACCACCCUCUGAAUCUUGCGGGAAUCCUGAAGAAGACUUCAGCCAGUUCCAUGAUUGACAGGCUUCGAGAAAUGCAGUCUUUUUUUGGCUUAGAAGUGACCGGUAAACUUGACGAUAAUACCUUAGAUGUCAUGAAAAAGCCAAGAUGCGGGGUCCCUGAUGUCGGGGAAUACAAUGUUUUCCCUCGAACUCUCAAAUGGACCAAAACAAAUUUAACCUACAGAAUUGUGAACUACACCCCUGACAUGACUCAUUCUGAAGUUGAAAAGGCAUUUAAAAAAGCCUUCAAGGUGUGGGCUGAUGUGACACCUCUAAAUUUUACCAGACUUCACGAUGGCACUGCUGAUAUCAUGAUCUCUUUUGGAACUAAAGAGCAUGGUGACUUCUAUCCGUUUGAUGGACCCUCUGGUCUCCUGGCUCACGCUUUUCCUCCUGGACCAAAUUAUGGAGGAGAUGCCCAUUUUGAUGAUGAUGAAACCUGGACAAGUAGUUCCAAAGGCUACAACUUGUUUCUCGUUGCUGCCCAUGAGUUUGGCCACUCCUUAGGUCUCGAUCACUCCAAGGACCCCGGAGCACUCAUGUUCCCCAUCUACACCUACACUGGCAAAAGCCACUUCGUGCUGCCUGAGGAUGAUGUUCAGGGGAUCCAGUCUCUCUACGGUCCAGGAGAUGAAGACCCCAACCCUAAACAUCCCAAAACACCAGACAAAUGUGACCCAUCCUUAUCCCUUGAUGCCAUUACCAAUCUCCGAGGAGAAACCAUUAUCUUUAAAGACAGAUUCUUUUGGCGCCUGCAUCCUCAGCAAGUUGAUGCGGAACUAUUUUUAACAAAAUCGUUUUGGCUGGAACUCCCCAACCGUAUUGACGCUGCAUACGAGCAUCCAUCUCACGACCUGGUCUUCAUCUUCAGAGGUAGAAAAUUUUGGGCUCUUAAUGGUUAUGACAUUAUGGAAGGUUAUCCAAAAAAAAUAUCUGAGCUGGGAUUUCCAAAAGAGGUGAAGAAGAUCAGUGCAGCCGUUCACUUUGAGGAUAGAGGCAAGACUCUGUUCUUCUCAGGAAACCAGGUCUGGAGCUAUGAUGAUACUAAUCAUAUUAUGGAUAAAGACUAUCCCAGACUAAUAGAAGAAGACUUCCCAGGCAUCGGUGACAAAGUAGAUGCCGUCUACGAGAAAAACGGUUACAUCUAUUUUUUCAAUGGACCCAUCCAGUUUGAAUACAGCAUCUGGAGUAACCGUAUUGUUCGAGUCAUGCCAACCAAUGCCCUAUUGUGGUGUUAAGUGUCUUUUACAAAUUAUUAUUUAAAUCCUAAAGAGCAUUUGGGAGGACACUUCCAGAAGUGCGGGAGCAGGGGGAGGAGAGACCCCAGGGGAAAGCUUAGUUCUGUGAACAAGCUUCAGUAAGUUAUCUCUGACUGUGUAUUAUUGUAUGACUAUGCGUGGCUGGAACCACACUGAAGAACUUUAAAACAAUGAAAUUGAGGCUCUCCAAGCACUUCUAGAGAAGCUAUGGUGCGAGUCCCUACACCAAAACUCAGACACACGGUCAGUGAGAGUCAGCAUACUUUUAAAAUAUUUAUAGAGAAACUUUACAAAGGCAUAAAAGAAAUCACAUUUAUAUACGUGAUGAAUCAUACUUAUGCAAAAGUAUAAAAUGAUAUGAAAAUGGAAUUUGGGGGGAGCCUGUAUAUGGCUAUAAGGUAGCCAUAUAUAAAAUAGAUACAUGAGAGGGAAAUGUCUGUAAUAAAUAGAUUUCAAAGGAAUUGUUUGUGUUUUGC